AUGUCGAAGAAGCCUCCCCAAUACGUCGAGCCUCUCAUGACCAACCAAGCUUAUAUAUGCACUAUGACACCCGAGAAGCUCGUCGCCGCCAUUAUCAUAGCCCUUCAACCGUAUGAGAUCGACAACGCUCAUGGAUUCGCCGUUUUCAAGAUUCUGCAGAGCGCCAUUGUUACUCCGCAGCUGCCGCCCUCAGCGCGGUUCAAACCGAAGCGCCAGCGCAAGUCUGAGUAUAGGUCUACGCAUCCUCCUUCUGGUUCGUCGACUGGACCUUCCCAAGCCCAGUAUGGCCAGGAUAGACCUAUAGACCCAUACUGGCGGGAGCCAACUUCGGUAAAUGAAUCUUUCUGCUUGCACCAUAGCGACCCGCGGUUUACGAAGAGGUUUCCGCAUGCCGUUAUGGCAUCUUAUGGAUCGCCGAAGGCAGGAGAGCAGGUGGUUGAGAAGGAUACAAGGGUCCCUUCAGAGCACCGCACGACUUCGCAGCCAACGGCCUCUUCGCCUUCGCUAUCUACACCACCUGCUAAUACCACACCUAUCGCUGAGGCAAACGAUGAUGUGGAGCGAACACAGGAUGCGGAGCCAACACAGGCUGUAGAGCCAACACAAGAUGUGCAAGAGGUGAUCCAGAUCCAGGCCAAGGAGGAGGAGCAGACGGUGCUGAACAGCAUCGAGACCGACAACACCAUGUCCGGCGGCGUUCCUCCACAUCAAGAUGCCGACGAGGCUCCCCAGGCUCAUGAUAUCGACGAGGGUACCAUCAAGAAUGACCAGUCCAGUUCCACUGAGGACGCGAGUGCGGAAGACUCGGGUAUCGUUCUGGAAGACAGCCCUAUGAUCGACCGUGAGCCUCCUGCCGACGUCCACAUCAACCCACUUGAUGCGCAGAAUCAUUCGACACCGCCGCUUGAUCCACAAGAUACCUUCGACGAAAUCCAGCAGGACAACACCGUCACGACCCAGCUGGAACCCUCGACACAGCAUACCGACUCGGCAUAUGGCACGCAGACUUCCGAUGCCCAACCUCAAGAGCACAACGAUGUCGAGCAGCCACCGGUGCCCCGGCGUCGUAAGAUUGCUAAAGCUGCGCCAGUCCGACGGUCACUGCGCAUUGCUAAGCAGGGACCUGAGUCGCAACCUACAGCUUCGUCCUUGGGCAAGCGCUCGCGCGAAUCAGAUGCCACGAAUGACGAGUCUGCUCGCAAGAAGUCGAAGACUUAG